AUAAAAAGGCAGUAGCAUCCUCCAGAGAUCAUCAGUUGAGCAUCAGAGCAACUAUCAGUAUCAUCUUUCAAACAUGAACGGAUACAUCAUCUCAUUCUUUGCCGUUGUGGCUGUAGCUAGUGCUGGACUUCUACCCAACGAGCCAGUUCCAAUCCUGUCUCAGGAUCUCGAAGUUGGCUUUGACGGUACCUUCCGCAAUUUCUACGAGACUGGAAAUGGAAUCAGUGUGCAAGAGCAAGGAUACCACCAGCCUGGACAGACACCGGAGGAGGGAACCAACGUGGUCCAGGGAUCUGCUCAGUGGACUGCACCCGAUGGUACCCCAGUCUCGAUCAACUGGGUUGCUGAUCAAAAUGGUGCUCAAUUCCAAGGAUCUCACCUCCCAGUCGCACCAACCCCACCACCAAUCCCACCAGCAGUCCAGAGAGCACUCGAAUACAUCGCAGCCCAUCCUGAGCAAAACGAAGGGCAGGUCAGGCCUCUAGGCCGCAGAUUCUAAGACCAUCAACAGUGAUAAUGAAAUCAACCUAGUUGUUUUGUUGUUUAGUAGUCUAUUGUAGAACCUUUUCUGUUUCCUACUGCCAUUGAAAUAAAUUAUCUCAGUGUCAUUCA